GAGAGCUAAACAUUGUGGAAACCAUGAUCUCUGUUUACUCUGCUCUGUACACUCUUCUGCUGUUCUCUGAGCUGAGACACUCGGUCACUGCAGCCAUGCCCGCAACUAAAGGAGACGACAGCUUAUCGGAGCAAGAUGGCCUGUUCCUAGGGGACAAGCCCAUGUCUGAGCCUGCUGGGGUUCCUCCUGUGUACAGACGAAGCCUCAUGCUGGACACCAACGAGAUGGAUGAAGAUGGAAGACCUAGAAUCAUCAUCGCCUCAGACAUGGGGCUGAGAGGACACAGUAUUCGUGGGCUGAACCCGGCCUUCACCCGGUCCUUCCCUCUGCUCACAGACCAAAGCUUGAGCCACACUCCCGCUGAGCACAGUUUGAAAAUUGAUCGCAGAAACACCGACCAAGACUUGCUGCGGUGUAUGAUAGGAAGAGUGUACCGACCCUGCUGGGUAGAAUAAAUGUUUCUCCCUGUGCUGCCGUCCUGCCCUGAUUGUGCUGUAGAAAUUUUCCCCUUGUAUGUGUUACACUGAAAUGCAUUUUCUUGUAGAAAAUGAGA